CGAGCUGAUGAUCCAGCAGAGCGCGGAGACAGCAGUUGUUUUCACGACGCUGCCGUCACCGAGUGAUGGAACGUCGCACAGUGAAGAGGCGAGCGAAUCGUAUCUGAGUGAUCUGGAUGUGCUGUGGCAGGGACUGCCGCCGUGCCUGUUGGUUCAUAGUAAUAGCAUGACGGUAACAAUGAAUCUUUGAGUAGAAGAUCCAAAUGAUUAUGAUUGCGACUGCUUUUCUUCCCUUUUGGCGUUUAUGCAGAUGCAGGUGUAUAUGUGGGUAAGAUAGACAUGUAUAUACGACCCAACUAAAUAGAAAUUUGAUGAGAAUUUGCCGUAUAUAUAAGAAGCAUCUCUUACUGUCUUAUAACUAUACUAUUGUCUUGAUCGCAUAUUAUAUACCCCUAUCUAGAGAGUGGUCAGCACUAUUGUGACAAAGGCGAUUGGCCUGGUCCGUGUUUACUCUAGUACUUUCAAGAUGUUCCUAACAAUUGUCCUUCUUCUUUCUGUUCUCUUCCUUCUGUUUGUGCAUUUUGUCUAUAAUACCCCAGUUCCUCUUCCUCCUCCAUCUUAUCCUUAUUCUCCUCCUUACUCUCCUGAUCCUGUUGCGCCCUCCUUUACCGCCUUCCCCCUGACGAUGCCCAGUCGCGGCCGUAAGAAGAACGCCAGCUUCAGAGCCAAACAUCACCGAACCAUGUCGAGUCAGAAUAGCAUCAAGUCAGCUGUGGUCAGCAAUUGCGUGCGCGAGUACGACAGCCCCGACAGCUUCGACAGUUCCGACGGCGAUAUCUCCUCGACCACCCCCUGUACCUCCGCAUCGAGUACCACCACCACUGCCACCACCUCAGCUCCUACACCCACCAGUUCGUCCUCGCAUAAUACUCUCCCCAACGGCGUCUCGAUAAGCACCAGCGCAAAAGAAAGAACAAAUAGAAAGAAUAUGGCUGCUCGCAAAGCAUCGUCGCCAAUGGCGCCUGCCUUUAUGGUGUCGGCCCCCGGAAAGGUCAUCGUCUACGGCGAACACGCAGUCGUUCACGGCAAGGCAGCCAUGGCAGCGGCUAUUUCGCUGCGGUCUUACCUGCACGUCACGACGCUUUCGAAAUCGCAUCGCACGGUCACACUGAAUUUUAGGGAUAUUGGGCUGGAUCAUACGUGGGACAUCGACUCGCUACCUUGGGACCUUUUCCACCACCCAUCCAAGAAGAAGUUCUAUUACGACCUGGUCACCGCGCUGGAUCCUGAGCUCCUCGAUGCGGUUAAGCCACACGCCGAAGCCGUUUCACUGGGUAGACCAGAUGAGCAGCGCAAGAUCCACGUCCGCUCCGCUACUUCCUUCCUCUACCUUUUCCUCUCCCUCGGGUCGCCGCAGAGCCCCGGCGCUGUGUACACCAUGCGAUCGACUAUCCCGAUAGGCGCGGGUUUGGGAAGCAGCGCUAGCGUAUGCGUGUGUCUAAGCGCGGCGCUGUUAACCCAGAUCCGCGCCCUGGCCGGCCCGCAUCCCGACCAACCGUCCGACGAGGCAGAAGUACAGAUCGAGCGCAUCAACCGCUGGUCAUUUGUGGGUGAGAUGUGCAUACAUGGGAACCCCAGUGGGGUGGACAACACAGUUGCAGCAGGCGGAAAGGCGUUGCUCUACAGGAGGGGUGACCCGCCCAUGGUAACCCCAGUGCCCAACUUCCCCGAGGCGCGGUUGUUGCUUGUGAACACCAAGCAAAGCCGUUCAACCUUGACAGAAGUAGCCAAGGUGGGCAAGUUGAAGGCAGAGCACCCAUUGGUAACAGACACAAUACUCGACGCCAUUGACAAGGUCACCGAUGCUGCACACCAGCUCAUCUGCGACCAGAAGGACAAGGGCGAGACCCUGGAGGCCCUGGGCACGCUUUUCCGCAUCAAUCAUGGCCUCCUCCUCUCAUUGGGCGUAUCGCAUCCUCGGCUAGAACGGAUCCGCGAGCUGGUUGGCGACCUUGGCUGGACGAAACUCACAGGUGCAGGAGGCGGUGGAUGCGCCAUUACGCUUGUCCGCCCAGAUGUGAAAGAAGAGUCACUACAGGGUCUCGAGACCCAGCUAAAUGCAGAGGGAUUCGAAAAAUACGAGACCACUCUGGGCGGCGACGGCAUCGGAGUCUUAUGGCCAGCAGUCCUCCGCAACGGCACCGACGAGGAAGGCGGCGAGGAGAUUGACCAGCAGAAAUUUGAAAACGCCAUCGGGACGGACGGCAUUGACCGCCUCGUCGGCGUUGGAGGUGGUGAUGAGCGGCGUGAGGGAUGGAAGUUCUGGAAGAGGGCGUCGGCGUCGGCGUCGCCGUUUCCUUGACAUCGGCCAUGUCCCUACGUUGAUGCUGUUCCUCGACCAUGCAUGACGACUUUCGUUUCUCGACUUUGACCCAACUUUGACUUCUAGCAUUCUUUAAUACUUACAAUAUCUUGUGACU